AUAUUUGCUCGUCGCGCGAUAAGCAUCAAAUCUAGGAGAGCUCCAGUGAUAGUGUGAAAUUAAACAAACAAGACGUUGAAAAGUAAACAGAUUUGGCGCUCAGUGACUCGGUGAAUAUUUAAGUUGCCUAAUUACAAACAACCAGUCUAAUCUUGUUGACCGCUUCGGAGAGCACUGACAUGGAGGUGCAAACGAAUCGUGUGGUUCCUGAUGGCGGCUACGGCUGGGUCGUGGUGGCCGCCGUGGCCUUGAUUAAUAUGACAAACCAGUCCAUUUUGUUCGUAUUUGGACAGCUCUUUGUGAGCAAGCUGCGCCUGAUGCACGAGGAUACCUUUACGACGGCCCUGAUCACCAAUCUGAACAGCCUAGCUCUGAACUUUUCGGGUCUGUUCAUCGGUCCGGCCAUCAAGAGCUUCAAGCCGCGCAAUGUGGCCGCCACCGGCUGCGUGCUGGUCUCCCUGGGCUUGGCUCUUUGCGCCUUCGCCACCGAAAGCUGGCACUUUAUUGUCGGCUACAGCUUCUUCGUGGGCUUCGGCUUGGGCCUGAUCUCGCCCUCCACAUUUAUGGCCAUCAACUCGUACUUUAGCAGCAAGCGAGGAAGAGCGGUGGGGGUGUCCCUGGCUGGGGCAGGACUUGGCCAGGUACUUAUACCUCACCUGGUGCGAUACCUUCUGGAGAAUCAUGGUUUUCGCUACGCCGUCCUGGCCAUGUCUGGUUUGUCUCUAACCGGGCUCUUUGGUGCCGCAUUCUUGAAGCCUCUGAAUCCGCCGGCCAAGCACAAUAACCGUCGCCACAUGCGUCUCAUGGCCGAGCCGGAUGCUGAGAAAGCUCAAUCCAGUCCCCUGCAAGUAGUGAUUGUGCCAUCUAGCCAAGGCAAGGGCGAGGAGCUGCCACCAAAGAAUACGGAUACACUGUGCGGCCGGAUGGGCCAGCGCCUGGUGCAGGCAAUGGACCUGGAGCUACUCAAGGAUCUGGCAUUCUGGAGCAUCAUUGUGGGCAUGGCCCUGGUCUACACGGCCACCGUUAACUUCACGAUGAUCUUCCCCGACUUUCUGGAGCAUACGGCGGGACUUAAUAGCCAGUUGGUUGCCUUCUGUUUGUCCGCAAUGGCGGGAGCCGAUAUUAUCUGCCGCCUGCUGUUGCCCGUCAUCACAGACCACCUGAGGAUACCGUACCGCGUGGUGUUCCUCCUGGGCACCGCUGGUCUCUUUGUGGCCCGCUGUGUGCUGGCCGAAAACCAGAACCUGGCCACCAUCAUCUCCAUGUCCAUACUAAUGGGCGUGAUGAAGUCGGCCACCGUGCUGAACAACAAUCUGACAGUAUCGGCGCACUGUCGUCCCGACAAGCUGGCCGGCGGAUUGGGUCUGAACAUGAUGUCCAAGGGUGUGAUCGUGAUAACAGUUGGCCAGCUGCUGGGAUGGGUGCGUGACUAUGCGGACUCCUCCGUCAAGUGUCUGUACGCCCAGGGAGCUGUUCUUCUACUGGUGGUGAUUGUUUGGACACCGGAAAUCUUCUUCCGCCACCGUAGGCAACGACGCACCACCUCCAAGUCGAUGGACACCACCGUAGACGCCGCCGAGGAAGUGACCAAGCUCAACUCGUAAACUGGUCGGGAUUAGGGUUUAAGUGAAGGAGGAAUUCGGUAUUGAUUGUCAUGUGAUAGAGGGGCUCUGCCUUUGAGUCGCCGCAGUAGUUAUCAGGGUUGUGAGCCAGAACCAGUGUCCGGGAGCAGGACGAUUUGUAUGACUAUGCCUUUAGGAUUAGGUUUUCGACUAUUUAUUACCAUUUAGCCCGUAGAGACUUAACUUUUGUACUGCCUCAAGAGCCAAAAUACAAAAUAAUCAAGUAUCCAUA